AUGGGUGCAACAUCAUCGCAGACUGAGAGUCACUAUCAACCUGAUUUUGGAACAUUUGAUAAACUGAAAGCCAUUGAUAUCGAUGGAAAUGAAAAGCCGAUGUCGGAUUUUCAAGGAAAAGUUCUUAUGGUCGUUAAUGUAGCAUCGUCAUGUGGUAAAACCGAUCGCGAAUAUAAACGUUUAGUUGAUUUAUAUGCUCGUUAUCGUGAGCAAGGCUUCGAAAUUUUAGCAUUUCCCUGCAAUCAAUUUCUUUAUCAAGAACAUGGUACAUGUUCAACAAUAAAAUCCUUCAUUAAAAAAUAUAAUGUUGAAUUUCCUAUGUUCGAUAAAAUUAAUGUCAAUGGUGAUGAUACACAUCCGAUCUAUGCCUGGCUGAAACAAAGUUACCCUGGUCGUGUAACAUGGAAUUUCUCAGGAAAAUUUCUAAUCGAUCAUCAUGGUGUGCCACGUGCACGUGCCAAUGAUAAUUAUGAUGAAAUCGAAAAAAUUAUUCAAAAUUUACUAAAAGAAAAACAAGAUGCAGAAAAUAAGCACUAA